UUUUUUAAAAUGACAAGAUGUCACAAUAUAUAAAAUGUCCAGAAAUAUUUCGGGCAACCAAGAAAGGUUCCGGCGCUUUUUUCGGAGAAGUAAUACUACUGAAAGCUCUAGACUUAGUGUACAAGCAGUAGAUUCAGUAAGGCUGGUAUAUAUGCGAAGAAUUUUACAUAGCUCUGUUUCGGAAAAUGCAUACAGUAAUCCACUUUUAAAUCAAAAUACAACUACCGAACAUGGAAGCCCAAGUACAAUGUCAAUAGAACAAGAAGCACCAUUGUGUCGUCGAAGAAAAUCAAACCGUCCUACAUUAGAAGCACUUGAAUUAGCAUUAAAAUCAUAUGAAUCAAAGCAUAAAAACAUAUUACAGCAUACAGCACCACCAAAUGAAAAAUAUUUAAGUGUUGAAUCAAUCACAUCCGGACUAAAUAAGAAGUAUGUUGGUACCAAACAGCUAAGAAAAAAAUCGAAAGCUGAUAUAGUAAUACCACAAAAAGAAUACGGAGAAUUAAUUAAAAAUGAUAUUCUAAUAACACCAAUUACACCACAUAUCCCAAAUCGUACCAUAACAACAAUUACCAAUACAAUGAUUAUGAACCGUAUUGUAAACAUGGAAGGUGAUAAAAUUAAACAUGAUCGUCCAACAGGAUCAUCCCAUCAAAAAUCUGACGAACUAGAAACGGAAGAAGAAGAAAAAAACGUUUGCUUUGAUGUAGAAACAAUAAGCUUUGAUAGUAUGCAAGACGAUUCAUUUGAAUUACCACAGGGAUCAUCCGAGCAACAAACCACACGUCGUAAGAAAGUAUCAAUCAAAACUAAAGCAGAACCAUCUGCUGAUUUUGAACAUAAAUAAAAGAAUGGCGAAAAAAUUUAUUUGUUUUAUUUUAUUGU